GCUGGCCCGGCGGCGCGACCUCAGCCAGGUAGAGCGAGCUUGGGAGCCUCAUGCGCGCGGCUGUCGGGCGGGAGUGAGCGAGGCGAGGCUCCGUUCCGUGCGUCCUGCCUCUUUCGCGCCGAGGCGCGCCUUCCGCAUGGCUACGCGGGUGCUGAGCAUGAGCGCCCGCCUGGGGCCCGAGGAGCCCGUCUUCGCGCAGCUCAAGCCCGUGCUGGGCGGCCGGGAAGCCGCGCAGUUCCCGGGGCAGGGUCCCGAGGAGAUCAAGCAGCAGCAAGCGGGCGCAGCAGCCAGGAUCCCCAGCGAGGAGAUGGCGCAGGCCCGCUGUGAAAUGGAGAAAUAUCUGACCCCUCAGCUCCCUCCUGCCCCGGUUCUCCCUGAGCAUAAAAAGUACCGCCGCGAGAGUGCCUCCGUGGUUGACCAGUUCUUCACCAACAGUGAAGGGGUGCCUUACAGCGUCAACAUGAACAUCUACCUUCCUGAUAUCACACAGCUGAGAACGGGCUUGUACAAAUCGCAGAGGCCACCGGUCACCCACAUCAAGACGGAGCCCGUGACAGCCUUCAGCCACCAGAGCGAAACUGUUGCUCCCGUCCCGAACCCCACCCAGGCGCUCCCCGAGUUCACAAGCAUCUUCAGCCCCCACCAGACACCCGACGUCAACAACCUCUUCAUCAAGCAGGAGCUUACCACUCCAGAUAUCCACGUCUCUGUGCCCCAACAAGGUCAGCUGUAUCAGCUCCUGAGCUCUCCCGAUUUAGACAUGCCCAACCCGACUACGCAAGCGGCGGUGAUGGACUCCUUCAGUAAUGUCUCCAUGUCCUCUGCCAUGGCAGGCCUUAACACCCUGUCCUCCGCUAUGCCGCAGACGACCAUGAAGCAGUUUCACGCCAUGCCCCCUUGCACAUACACCAUGCCAAACCAGUUUCUCCAGCAACAAGCCACUUACUUCCCGCCUUCGCCCCCAAGCUCGGAGCCUGGCAGCCCAGACCGGCAAGCGGAAAUGCUGCAGAAUUUGACCCCUCCUCCAUCUUACGCUGCUACGAUUGCCUCCAAGAUGGCAAUCCACAAUCCCAGUGUGCCUGCAAACAUCCCCAUGAAUUCGCCAGCCAUCCCAGCGCCCAGGUACAACAGGAGGAGUAACCCAGACUUGGAGAAGAGGCGUAUUCAUUACUGUGAUUAUCCUGGUUGCACUAAAGUGUAUACGAAGUCUUCCCACUUAAAAGCGCACCUGCGAACUCAUACUGGAGAGAAGCCAUACAAAUGCACAUGGGAAGGAUGUGACUGGAGAUUUGCGCGCUCCGACGAGUUGACCCGCCACUACAGAAAGCACACUGGGGCCAAACCUUUCCAGUGUGCCGUGUGCAGUCGCAGCUUUUCUCGGUCUGACCACUUGGCUCUGCACAUGAAGAGACAUCAGAACUAGGCCGGACUUUUCCAUGAGGCUCUUGGUAUCUAUGCAACUUCCUAGUGACUCGGUUAAAGUAUAUAUACACGUUCAGAUAGAAUUAGCUUAAGUGUUUUGACUGCGUAUGAACUGCUCUCCAUUUUUAAAAGAGGAAAAAUUGUGAAAGAAACUGGAAGUGUAUAUUUUGUAUAUUUAUGAGGAAACAGGGAAGACACUGUGUCACAAUACUGAUCCAUGUUACGGCCACGUGACCUACUCUUCACGCAUUUGACUUCAGCCCCUCACAGAUGUCAUCUCAGGGCUCCCUACCAUGGUAUAUAUUUUGCAGAUAGGAUUAAUCGGUUUCAUAUAUGCACAGGCAAAAACAUUUUGCCAGAACAGGUUGCACACGCGUGUGGUUUCUGUGCAGUCACGGGAGCCAUUUCCCAGAUUUUGGCUAAACACGUGUGUUGGGAAGCCAGGGUUUUGCUGUUACCUGUUUUACCACAUGGCGACUAAUGUUCAUACAUCACAGUAAGCCGUGAACAAGCAAUGUGGCCAUGUCUGCUUCCCAGCUACUGCUGCUUCACUACUCCACUUGCGUGAGCAGAAGAAACAAACUGCAGACCAUGGCUUAGCGUGUUUUCCAAACCCAGAACCGUGGUUUGUUCCUGCAAACCAUGGUCCCAGCUUCAGGUGGCACAGUAAGCAAGGUUUGUGUUGUUCCCACAUGCGCCAUUUGAGGAGUGGUCAACAAACACACACGGCGACUCUGCUCAUUCAUGAUAAGCUGCGAUUUAUGGCUUACUGUGAAGUACAAAGAUAGCUAGUGCAGUCUGGCAAGCUCUUCUUGUCUGUGGAUGUAAACAAGUGUCUAUGGAUGUAUCUGCACCACAGGUAUUUAAUGCCCAUAACCUUUUUCCUGGGGACUCUUGGGGACUGUUUUGUGAUGGGGAAUCUGUGACAGAUCAGACUAUGCUCCACAGGAUUCCUUGAAGGAAAGCAAUGACAGUUAAUUGGUAUGGAGCUGAUUAAAGUAUGUUGUAUAGCAAUGCCCCAGCUCACAUCUGCAAAAUAUAACAUGACGAGGUGUCCCUAAAUGUAAGUAUUAUGUCUCAAAAGCUCUGGAAUCUAUGUUUUUGGGGCCUUGACCAAGACACUCUUGCUCUGGUAAGCAGUGUUUAGGAAAACUAAUUUAAUUUACAGCUAAGUGAAUCUAAGAGGACAAGCCACCAUUUAUUUUCUGUCAGAAUUUUACUGGAUGUUUUAUUACUUGUUAUAUUUUAUAAAAAAAGUUUUUUUCUGUGGAGAUGAAAUAUAUAUAUAUAUAUAUACAAAUUCAUAAAUAGCCAUAGAACAAAAUGUUCUGUAAGUUGCAUGUUUGCUAUGACAAAGAUUUUGUAAAUAUGCAGAUCAGCUUUUAAUGUUUUCUUACAAAAGGAUUUUCUAGAAAUCAGCUGGGAAAAGUAGCAACCAUCUUACUUCGGACAGUUUUAAUAUGGCACAUUUAAAAAUUGAACCAUCUUUUUAAAAUACCUCUCAAAAAAAGUUAGCCGCCUUGGUUUCACAUAAUGAGCUAGCCAUUCAAUCGCUUUUUUUAUUGUUCACACAGAUGUGAUGCACUGAGAAUUCAAAACAGAUCACGCUUCCUCCCCUAAAAUGUUUUACAAGUACAAAAUAUUUGCAAAAUAUGAACUGUUAAGCAACUGCCAGGAGCUUAAAUAACAAGGGUGGAUCUGAUACAUAAUGUUAAACCUCUUACUAUAAGCUAAACUUAAUAUUGCUUUAAAAAGAAGGAUUUAGAAUGUGGGUUUAGAAUAUCAAAACACUAAGCUGGUUCAACACCAGUACAAUCUAAUUCUGUGUGGAUUUUUUUUGCCCCCGAUUCAACUGUAUUGAGUGUGCAUGUAGCCCUUUCAAACAAGCUGCAUUGAUCAGCUGUCUGGAGAAUGGAAAGGGGUCUGUGGGAAUCUGAUGUUGGUGUGGUUUGUAUCCUGUUUGAUCUAUAUGUCCAGGCCCAGCUCAGGUUCUGGUAUCAAAUGCACACCACCUGUUUGUGUGUGGCAUUCCCGGUGCAGCUAGUGAUAAUGUGUACUGAAACUUUCUGUGUAUUUGUCUAUGUAAUAUGGAUCUGGGGGACGGCAGCGGCUGGGACACGACUUGUAGCUUUUGCAAAGGAUACUGCAGUUUCUCCUCCCCCAAAGUUUGCUAGUUAAAAUGUAAACGAUGCUGUAAUCCCCCCCAAAAAACAAACAAGCACCCCUUUCUUAUUAAAGCAUAAACAGGUUUUGUAAAAUUGGGAGUUCUAACACUGAGAGGGAAUGUUUUCUGCUGCUGGAAUCUAGCUCAAUAUACCAUAGCUGAGGACAGGAUGAGAGUGGAGGCGGCAGUGUUCCUGCUCGUACUCAAACCUCAUCCCGUUUUAAAUUGAGGGGAAGGAACUAUCAGUCGGAAUGCUGUUGCCUAGAGCAAAAAAUCCGUGUUUUGUGGCCCUUUGAGCGAUGAGCCCUCACUGCUGAAAUUCCCUUUUCUGCCUAGCAUCUCGCCACACCAACGGCUCCACCAUCUUAUCUAGCUCAGAAUGACAAUGAAGGCAAGACGAGUUGAACCACAAAAGAGGGUGAAUUUUGAAUGUUGGAACCGAACAGGAAAAAGAAAGUCUGGUGUGUUAACUUUCAGCAGUGUUCUGUCUUCAAGAGUAAUGGUUCUGUCCAUUCUCAUGGGUUUCAGAAAAUGAUCUGUGACUAGUUCCGCUUAAAAAAUAAUCAUCAAGUGGUGCCCUUUCAAACUUAAUUUUAAUUCAACAUAAAAUUUCACAGGUUAAUCUGUUUCAGAGGCAGUAAUGGAAAGAAGUACUAGCAAGCAGCACAAGACAGAUACACAAGAGCACCGUGACAAACGGUUUGCCCAUGGAACAAUUCUGUGCAUGCUUGCAAAUAAGUCCCACUUUGUUUAUUUACUUCUUACACCUUAGCUUUGAAGACUGCUGCCUCAGGCAUUAUAAUAGGUUGAAUCCUGACAAAAGCUGAGCACUUCCAGGUCUAA